UGACGUUUGGAGGAUGCGCCGGAAGCUGCCUGAGUACGGAGCGCUGUGGGCUUCGGCAGAGUGGCUUCCCUGCGGGUGACGGCCGGUUCUCUCGGUGCAGGGGCCCCGCCCCUCCUCCGGCGCCGGAGGUGACCGAGGUUCCCAUCGCUGUCCGAGGGCGGCAGCCUUCCGUGGGUGCCCGCAGGUUGCAGCGCGGACCGCGGAAGUAGCGGGAAACCGUCCUUCUGCUGCGGGAGCGAUGGCCGCGGGGAAGCCUCAGCCCCUGCCGGGCCCUGAAGGACCGUGCGAGGCGUGGCGGCUGCCUGCUGACGGACGCUGCGCGCCCGGCCGUUACCUGAGGUGAGCGCCGCGGCCCCGUGGAGCCGUGUGGGCGGCGCCGACGGCUCUGCUGCGCGUGGGCGGAAGGCGCUGGAAGUCUCCGGUCUGCGCCGUGCUCUGUGCGAACGGAGGUGGACGGGAGCGGCCGUGAGUGGAGCGGUUGCGGAUAACGCGUAGAGCAGUGUACACAUGGCAGCGGCUGCAGUUAGAGAUUGCUUGUUCUCAAGAAAACACGUGCCUAUUAGAAUGGCAAGCACAGUUUGCCAAAUGUGCUGAAGAAAAGCCUUUAAGUGCUGUCAGCAGUAAAAGUUACCGUAUGAACGUCUAACACAAUAGGAGCAACUGUUUCUGUAUUUAAUGGCCUGUGCUUUCUUAAGUUAUUAUCAAGAAAUAAUACUUAUCUACAUCUGUGGCCUUUCAUAGUGAAGAUUCUACUUUUCUGUACUUUUCUGUGUCGUCUUCAGAUGUGUACUUCAAGGUUUUACUCCACAAAGGUAAAUUUUUCCAUAACCUUAUGGAGAAAAAGGACUUUGAAGCAUGGCUUGAUAACAUUUCUAUUACAUUUCUUUCUCUGACGGACUUGCAGAAAAAUGAAACUCUGGAUCACCUGAUUAGCUUGAGUGGAGCAGUCCAGCUCAGGCACCUCUCCAAUAAUCUAGAGAUUCUUCUCAAGAGGGACUUCCUCAAACUUCUUCCAUUGGAACUUAGUUUUUAUCUAUUAAGAUGGCUUGAUCCUCACACCUUACUCACAUGUUGCCUCGUCUCUAAGCAGUGGAAUAAGGUUAUAAGUGCCUGUACAGAGGUGUGGCAAACUGCAUGUAAGAAUUUGGGUUGGCAAAUAGAUGACUCUGUUCAGGAUCCUCUACACUGGAAGAAGGUUUACCUAAAGGCUAUUUUAAGGAUGAAGCAACUGAAGGACCAUGAAGCCUUUGAGACAUCCUCUUUAAUUGGACACAGUGCCAGAGUAUAUGCACUUUACUAUAAAGAUGGUCUUCUGUGCACAGGAUCAGAUGACUUGUCUGCAAAACUGUGGGAUGUAAGCACAGGUCAGUGCAUCUAUGGUAUCCAGACACACACUUGUGCUACAGUGAAGUUUGAUGAACAAAAGCUUGUAACGGGCUCUUUUGAUAACACAGUAGCCUGUUGGGAAUGGAGCUCUGGGGCAAAAACACAGCAUUUCAGAGGACACACUGGCGCAGUUUUUAGUGUGGACUACAACGAUGAACUUGAUGUUCUAGUCAGUGGCUCUGCAGACUUCACUGUGAAAGUGUGGGCCUUAUCAACAGGGACAUGCCUGAAUACCCUUACUGGACACACAGAAUGGGUCACUAAGGUGGUUUUGCAGAAGUGCAAAGUCAAAUCUCUUAUGCAUAGUCCUGGGGAUUAUAUUCUUUUAAGUGCAGAUAAGUAUGAAAUCAAGAUUUGGCCUAUUGGAAGGGAAAUAAACUGCAAGUGUUUAAAAACACUGUCUGUUUCUGAAGAUCGCAGCAUCUCUCUGCAGCCCAGAUUGCACUUUGAUGGUAAAUACAUAGUGUGCAGUUCAGCACUAGGAUUAUACCAGUGGGAUUUUGCCAGCUAUGACAUUGUCAGGGUUAUCAAGACUCCUGACUUCUCAAAUGUGUCCUUGCUGGGCUUUGGAGAGAUAUUUGCUCUACUGUUUGAUAAUAGAUACCUGUAUAUAAUGGACUUGAGGACAGAAAAAGUGAUAAGCCGCUGGCCUCUACCUGAGUAUAGAAAAUCAAAGAGAGGCUCAAGUUUUUUGGCUGGUGAAAUGUCUUGGUUAAACGGACUAAAUGGCCAAAAUGAUACGGGCUUGGUUUUUGCCACCAGUAUGCCAGACCACAGUAUCCAUUUGGUGUUAUGGAAAGAACAUGGCUGAAAAGAUUACAUAUGCAGAAUCUUCAGGAUUAUAUGGACUAUCAGCAAUGUGUCCAUCAAAUGAAACUUUGCAUGAACCAAAGUUGCACACCUAAUGGUAUCAUCAUGCAAUGCACAAUCAUUUGAUUUUGUUUGGGCAUUCGGGAACGGGUUGGUUUUGACAUAAUACAACAGAGCAUGCUAACAGUAUUCACCAUUAAAUUUGUCUUUACUCAUGUUUAAGCAUAACUGUUUGGGCUCUGAAGCAUAGCUUGUGAAUUUAAAACUAUUCAGAUCCACCAUUAAGUCUAGAAUGAAAUAGUGCUUGCCCUGAUUUCUGCCCUAUUUUUUUUGUUGUUGUUGAAGCAGAAGGUGGAGCUAUUGUUUUAGAAUAGGCUUUUGUGCUUUUGUACAUGUAACACCAAAUACUGGUUACAGUGCAUGGCUCCUUGUUCAACUUGAAUGAGAACAUAGUAGAUCUUGUCUCUCCCCAGUGCUGAUCUUGUCAAAAAGUUUGGUUUUUUUUAUGGUAGCUUUAAAUACUUAACCUUUGAAACUGAGAAAUCAACAGAGUUCUUUAACUAGAAUCGGAUGCUAACAAUAAUAAUUUGUUUAAGCUCAGGAAUGUGCCAAUACGAGCUCUCUUCAGUCAGAAUGAGCCAGCUUUUCAUCUGUCUGAUAGAGCUUGCCAAGGUAAUUAACCUUAAAGAUCCUCUGACAGUAUUUUGUCAUAUUUGCUGAUGGUUAUCUCACUCAGAAUGGUUUGAUCAGUAUUUUUAUAGUCCACAUCUCUGAUUGUUUGUGUGGGAAUGUAACUUAGUUCACAGGUAGAUAGAAAUAAAAUGAAUCAGGUGAUGUUCAGUCCCUAAAGCAAGAAUAAUUACGUCAAAUGAUGCCUGCCAGCCAUACACUUUUUCCAAAAAGUUACAUUUACUUUAAGUGCAUUAUUAUAUUAAUUGCUACAUCUACACUUGGAAAGCAGGGGCAAAUGUGAAUGGCACGUCUUUAAAAAUAAAGAAUAAAAAAGGAAAUCAAAAAUUUGAAAAAAAGA